AUGCCCCUCAGGGACGGAAUGAAUACGACUUCCGAGUCGACGGAGUUCGUGGUCGCAGAAGAGCACACGAUCGCUGUAAACAAGGUCUCUCUGCACACUGCCAAUUCGCUGUAUCACAACCCCCGCUAUCUUGGAUACCUUCGCAGCGAUUCAGAGUUUCAAAAUGUUGAUCUUGGUAAAACUGAUGACGUUCUGAACACGCUAGUUGCCAUUUUGUAUCUAUUUUUGGAAGCUAGCUACCAGCGCGAACUAGCAAGUGCAUACUAUGCCCUCUAUUGGGACAACAUUGAAGGAGGAAUACAAGAAAAAGAUUGCGGUGCAGUACUCGGUGAAAUUGCCGAGAAGACCAUGGCAAGUCAUCUACUAAUGUACAUGAAAUUCAUAGGGGUGGCAUCAUAUGGUUUUUACCGGACGAAUCAGACUUUAGAUUUGGUAUUGAUGGAUUUUACGUCAGAUUUGGUAUCUAUGAUCACCAUUGCUUCUAUGGUACUACUCGAUCGAGUCGAGAUGUCAAAAUUUAGUAGCGUGGCUCUUGGCAUGUGUGGGAAGGAAAAGGAUGCAGAGCAUGAACUGACCUCUGACCCCAGUUUCGUUGCAUUCUUUUCCAAACUCCCAAAGAAAUCUCCUGAAACUGGAACGAUCCGUCUAUUUGAUCGCACAGACUACUACUCUGUCCACGGGCAGGAUGCUCACUAUGUCGCAACACACGUCUUUCGUACCAACUCCGUCCUCAAGUGUCUAGGUGCUGGAGGCAAGGCUGGUGGUCUUCCGAGUCUAUGCGUAGAAAUAUUGGUGCCCGCACCUGGGCAGGGAAGGAAAGCUUCCAAAUUCAUUUUGGAAACAUCGGAGGCAUCACCUGGAAAUCUCCAAGCUGUUGAAGACCUUCUCUUUGUCAGCUCCGAUGUUACAUCGGCACCUAUCGUUUUAGCUGUCAAAGUAUCAUCAUCUUCAGUCACGAACAAAGCCAAGACCAAGUCAAUCGGCAUUGUCUUCGCGGAUACCAGUGUGAGGGAGUUCGGAGUUGCUGACUGCAUUGACAACGAUCUUUUCUCGAACCUUGAGACCGUCAUCGCUAUCUCCUCACACUGGUUGAAUAGUCUCUUGUUCAUACGACUUUCAGUCAAAGAAGCCAUUAUUCCCACUGGAACAACAGACCGCGACCUCGACUUGAGCAAGCUAAAAGCCGUGUUCGAGAGGUGUGUUGUGGUUGUGACUGAACGUAAACCAACUGAGCUCUCCCUUCCUUCAGCCCUGUCUGCACCUUCUGCCUCGAUCAGCUAUCUUUCUCUCCUUUCUGAUCCUUCCAAUCACGGGGCAUACAAGUUACGGACACACGAUCUAGCACGAUGUAUGCGCUUGGAUGCUAGUGCAUUGCGUGCACUGAAUCUGAUUGACGCCCCUGGGAGUGCUGGAAGUAUCAAUAAACAUGCAACCCUCCUUGGCUUCUCGGGACAUGGCUUAAGCAACCCUUGCCUUGCAAGUAAACGGCAAGACCUUGUGGAGACAUUUGUGGAUGAUGGAUCUUCUCGGAGAAAACUGCAGGAUGACUACUUGAAGCUAAUGCCUGACCUCCACCGACUAAGCAAACGAUUCAAGAAAUCUAUCGCAUCUCUUGAGGAUGUUGUGAGCGUAUAUCAAGUGAUCCUCAAGCUGCCUGGUUUUCUCGAGACUCUCGAAGGUGUCCAGUACAAACACAAGGAGCACAAGGAGCUUAUCGAUGAAAUUUAUAUCAAGCCUUUCCAGGCUGUCAACGAGAAUCUCGUCAAAUAUGGUGAAAUGGUAGAGUCAACGCUAGAUCUUGAAGAACUCGAAAAUCAUAAUUACGCGAUCAAGCCUGACUAUGACGAGCGUCUAUCUGGGAUGGUCUUGAUGCUGAACAUCGUGCGACCGGCAAGAUACUGCUUCAGGUUGACUGAAGAAUCCAUCAUGCGGAACAACAAAUAUAUUGAACUCGGGACUGUCAAGAGCGGAGUCUACUUUACGACCAAGAAGCUAAAAGCACUUUCCAUGGACCAUCAAGAGGCUACGCAUGAAUAUCAGCGAAUGCAGAGCGGGUUAGUGAAGGAAGUUGUGAGCAUUAAUCUCGACCACAUCAUUGCACACCUAGACGUUAUCAUCAGUUUCGCUCAUGUUUCUGUAAAUGCUCCUGAGCCAUACGUGAAACUGAAAGUCUUGGAGAAAGGCAGUUUUGGAGAUGAUGUUUGA